UUUUUUUCUCCUUUUUUUGAAACUCUUUUGAAAAAGAGAUGGUGGACUUUGCAUGCAGCGUUUUUGUCAGCAUGUGGAGACGAAUCAGGUAAACACGCAGAGUUCAUCCUGGAUUUGUUGGUUCAGUAUGAAUCAGUGUUUUCCUGUUGUUGAGAUAGGAGGUUAAUGGGCAGGAGCAUGAUGUCUUAUGAAUAAUCCCUGUGUCUCUAAUACAUUACCCUAAUGGUCUUAAGUCCCCUCAUAAUCAUCAGAUAGUUACUUAAGUAUUUUAACAACUGUACUAAACACAGUACUGUAGUUUUAGAACUCACCGGACUACUACACUCUCAUGAAAGAAAUAAAUGGGUUGUAAAGCUCCUGAAUUUACAGUUUAGAUGCACUCAACUGUGUAAUUUUUUCCCCACAUGAAGUACUGUUAAUCCAAAGACACAGGACACGUAGCCCCAGUGAGUUAUUCUGGCUCCAUCUAGUGGCCAUGUGGUUCAAUUUCAUAACAUUUUAUGAUAAUAUUGGACCAAAGAAAGGUUUGAAACUACUUUUCAACCAGCUGACUGAUAACUCUUCCUUGAUUGAUAUUACUAAACACAAGAAGAAGCUAGAAAGGAAUAUUUUUGUUGUUGACAUAUAAAAAAUUCUGAUAACUUUGUGUAGCAUCCAGUGUGUUGCUCUGUAUCCUUUCACACUGAUGUCUCAGGUGUAUUUUCCAUGCAAACACCCUCUGAUUUUAAUGUCAACCUUUCUCCAGAUGAGUCACUUUCUUUGAUUUCCACAUCCCUCUGACCCUGAACCCCCCCUGUAUGCCACACCAUAACUUCUCCUGACCAAUCCAGACUCUGACAGCCUCACACAGCAGAGCCUGUCUGAUGGAGAGGAGCAGCUGGACCGCCUCCAGCAGGCGGAGCUCACUCGAAACACAUGCAUGUCGCUGUGGAGGGCAGGUGCAGUCCAGGCCUGGCUGGAGGUUGUCAUGGGAAUGCCCAUGUACACCCGAGCCUGCUCUGAAAACGUCAAAAGUGGGAAGGUGCUGCUGGGCCUGACGGAUGAGGAUUUGGAGCUGGGUCUGGGUAUCAGUAACCCCAUUCAUCGCAGGAAACUGAGACUGGCCAUUGAGGAUUACAGGAGAGCUGAAGGGGACCAAGGACUAUCGAAAGCAUCUGAGAUGGACCAUCACUGGGUGUCAACAUCAUGGCUGAGUGACGUGGGAUUGCCUCAAUACUCGCAGACCUUCCAGAGUAAUCUAGUGGACGGGCGAGUGCUGAACUCUCUGAGCCGCAGAGACCUGGAGAGAUUCCUCAACAUCAGCGACCAGUUCCACCAGACCAGUCUCCUCCUGGCAAUCCAGAUCCUGCAGAUACUCAGUUUUGAUAAAGAGGCCCUGCAGGCACGGCGGGCAAAAUGUGAGCACCAGGACUGGGAUCCCAUUGUUUGGACAUGUCACAGAGUAAUGAAGUGGAUCAGAGACAUAGACCUCAAGGAAUUCGCAGACAACCUUCAGGGUAAAGGGAUUCAUGGAGCUGUGAUGGCUCUGGACCCGUCCUUUGACACAGACGCCAUGGCCAAAGCCCUGGGGAUCCCCAGCAACAAACACAUGCUGCAUCGGCACCUGUAUGAAGAGAUGAAAUCACUCGCUAUCCCUCACAGCAACGCAGAGCAGGGCAAUGAGGUCAUCGGCUCCUCUUCGCCUGUGGCUGUUAACCGCUUUGCUGAGGAGAGGGUGUCGAUCAGAAGAUCAGGAAAGAGUCCGCUGAGGUUACGUGCAAACAGCCAGGAGCGAGGUCUGGGCUUCCAUGGCAGCUGUGGCUCUCUGCCCAGAGAGGCCCGAGUUCAGGCUGUUCCCCGAGCCAAAGGCAGCCCGAUGCACACCUUCAAGAGUGUCGAAAUCACCAAUGUCUGAA